GUUAGUCAAUUGUAACACUUUAGUCAAGACUAUUUACACUACUUACAAUAGUUACAAUUAAAAAAACGAAGAUGUCAAAUAUCAAAUAAUACCUAACCUCACAUUUACGUAACGAAAUGUCAAUGAAGUCUUCGCAAUACUUCGUUGCUGUGAGUUUAUAAUUUGUGAAAAUGGAUUCUUUUGAAAUUGGAUCUUGUUUCAAAAGUUAUAAUGAAUUAAUGCAAAAGCUGGGAGAUUAUUGCGAAGCUACAAAUACAAAGUUUACCACAAAAGACUCUAGAUUAAUUACUAAUGAAUUUGCGAGCGCUAAAGAAAGUUUUGUUUAUUCAGAAUUAAAACUAAUUUGUGUAUAUGGUCGUACUCAUAAGAUUAAGGAACACAACAGGAAAAGAAAAAUGAGGACCAUUAAAAUUCCAAAAACGGAGUGUCCCGCUUAUUUUAGAAUAAAAUUAAUAAACUCCGGCGUAGCUUUACAAAUAGUAGCUAUGAAUAUUAAGCAUAACCAUCCUCUGGAGAAAAUAGAGGAACCAAACGCAGACUACUCAAGAUUAAAGAGGAACAAAGGCAACAAAAGUGGUCUAAAGAAAGAAAGAAAAAGUGAAGAUGAGGAUGAUGAUGCCUCCUCUGAUGAUAUGCAAGCAUCAGAGUUUAUAGAGGUUUAUAUUGACCCAGAUGAUCCUGAACCAAAAAUAAAAUUUACAUUUAGAGGUCUUUGUGUGCCCGUCUUCAAUAUAUUCAGGGAUGACUUAUCACUUAAAGUAGGACAAAUUGCAAAAUAUUCACAAUACCUUUCUGAUAGUGGAAUCAAAUGUAUUUUAGUAAAUAGUGAUAUUGGUGAAGGUAUGUCUAUGUCCAUAGCUGAACAAAAACUUGCUAUUGAAGAAUGGGUAAAUGUAGCUAAGCCUCUAAAAAUGCAUGUUAUGGUUCAAGUAGGUGCUUGCCCAUUACCUGAAAUAAUAGACUUGGUAAAACAUGUGGAAAGCAUAGGGGUGGAUUCAAUACUUUGUUUACCAGAACUUUAUUUUAAACCCUCAUCAAUAGAAGAUUUAGUGGACUACUUAAAAAUUAUUAGUGAAGCUGCUCCAAAGACUCCUCUCUUAUAUAAUCAUAACCCAGAAAUGACAGGGGUAAAUUUAAAUAUGGUUAACUUUUUGAACAAUUCAGCAAUGUACAUUCCAACAUUUUGUGGAUUAGAGUAUGUAUCUAAUGAUUUAGAUGAUGGUGUAGCCCUUUUAGAUAAUGGAAAAUAUGCAAUUUUCUUUGGAGUUGACUCACUAGUGUCUAUGGCUUUUUCUAUGGGUUUUGAUUCAGCAAUAUUGGCAUCCGCAAACAUUUACCCCCAGCAAGUUAUGUCUUUAAUUAAUGCUGCAAAGGAAUCAAAAAUGAGUGAAGCUAGAAAAUUACAGAAACAAUUAAAUAGCAACUGUACUACAAUUUCCAAUUUUGGUAAAUAUACACUUUGUUCUAUUUUAUCUUGUUUCCAGGAGACAAAAAUAAUUUAUUUUUAAUCAUUAAUUGAUGCAUCUGAUGUGGAUUCUCAAACUCCGCUUAUAAUGAGAUUACUGGGUGAUCCAGUUCAGAAUUUUACCAGCCUACAGUGCAUCCAAAAAUAAAUUUGAUUCCUUUUUGGGCAUCUUACAGUUGAUCCAGCAAUUCCAGAAGCAUGCUCUCAGGGCACUUCUAUUAGUUUUCAUCACAAAAAAUAUUUUUCAUAUUUUUUUUUAAUAAACACUAAAAUUACAACAUUUUUCUCAUUUUUUUUUUUUUCGAAAAAAAAAAUUAAAACUAACAGUUUUGCACAUCU